AGAAAUCUUGUUGGCUUUUCCACUCAUUAGGUUCUUCUGGUUGGGCUCAGACCUGCCGUGAGAAGCCUGUAAAUCUGAAAAUGAACCCCACGGGUAUAGCAGACAACACCCUGGAUGAAAGCAUCUAUAACAAUUAUUAUCUUGAUGAAAGCAUCCCCAAACCUUGCACCAAGGAAGGUAUCAAGGCAUUUGGGGAGCUCUUCCUGCCCCCCCUCUACUCCUUGGUCUUUCUGUUUGGUCUGCUUGGAAAUUCUGUGGUGGUUCUGGUCCUGUUCAAGUACAAGCGGCUCAAGUCCAUGACCGACGUGUACCUGCUCAACCUUGCCAUCUCGGACCUGCUCUUUGUGCUCUCGCUCCCUUUCUGGGGCUACUAUGCCGCAGACCAGUGGGUGUUCGGGCUCGGCCUCUGCAAGCUAGUUUCCUGGAUGUACCUGGUGGGCUUCUACAGUGGCAUAUUCUUCAUCACACUCAUGAGCAUCGACAGGUACCUGGCCAUUGUGCACGCGGUCUUCUCCCUGAGAGCAAGGACCUUGACUUACGGGGUCAUCACCAGCGUGGCCACGUGGGCAGUGGCUGUGCUCGCCUCCCUCCCAGGCCUUGUGUUCAGCACGUGUUAUACUGAGCACAACCACACCUACUGCAAAACCAAGUAUUCUUUCAACUCCACGAGGUGGAAGGUUCUGAGCUCCCUGGAGAUCAACGUUCUAGGGCUGGUGAUCCCCUUGGGGAUCAUGCUGUUCUGCUACUCCAUGAUCAUUAGGACCUUGCAGCAUUGCAAAAAUGAGAAGAAGAACAAGGCAGUGAAGAUGAUCUUUGCCGUGGUGGUCCUCUUCCUGGGGUUCUGGACCCCUUACAACGUGGUGCUCUUCCUGGACACCCUGGUGGAGCUGGAGGUCCUUCAAGACUGCACCUUUGAGAGGCACCUAGACUAUGCCAUUCAGGCCACAGAGACAUUGGCUUUUGUUCACUGCUGCCUUAAUCCGGUCAUCUACUUUUUCCUGGGGCAGAAAUUUCGCAAGUACAUCGUACAGCUCUUCAAAACCUGCCGGGGCACUUUGGUGCUCUGCCAGUACUGUAGGUUCCUCCCGAUUUACCCCGACACCCCCAGCUCAUCUUACACACAGUCCACGGUGGACCACGAUCUCCACGAUGCUCUGUAA